UUUUUUUUUGUUAUGCACGUAAUACAAUACCUAUUUCUUCUAUUAUGCUCUAGUUUAUGUUUAGCAGUACAACAAAAGCCUGUUGUCUUAUGGCACGGUAUGGGAGACGACUGUUGUAAUCCUGAUUCUAUGGGAAGAAUAACUGAGCUUAUCCAACGUCGAAUCCCGGGAAUCUUUGUUCAUAGUAUCAGAAUAGGCGAUAAUGUGGAUGAAGAUCACAAAGCAGGAUUUUUUGGGAGAAUUGCUGAGCAUGUAGACAAAGUUUGUGAACAGUUGAAGAAUAUGCCUGAGCUAGAAAAUGGAUUUAAUGCUGUUGGAUUUUCUCAAGGCGGAUUGUUCUUGAGGGCUUACGUUGAAAGAUGUAACAAACCGGUAGUACAUCGGUUGAUAACCUUUGGUUCUCCGCAUAGUGGUGUAUCUGACAUUCCAAACUGUAUGAAUCCUAAGGACUUUGCAUGCAAACUCAUGAGAUCUAUGGUACGUGGAGGUGUCUAUACAAACUAUAUUCAGGACCGAGUUAUUCAAGCCCAAUAUUAUCGAGACCCAACCAAUGAAAAAGGAUAUUUAGAAAGAAACAAAUUUCUGCCUGAGCUGAAUAAUGAAAACAUACUGAAUAAGAAAUAUAAAGAUAACAUUUCAUUAUUAGAUAGGUUUGUUAUGAUCCGCUUUAGUCAAGAUGCGAUGAUCAAACCUGGCUAUUCUGCAUGGUUCUGGAUAGAUAACGGAGAUCAUGAGCUCAUACCAUUACAAAAUCGUACAAUGUACACAAAUGAUUGGCUCGGAUUAAAGUCUUUGGAUGAUACAGGACGUCUAGAAUUUUUGGUGUGUCCAGGGCAACAUGUAAGGGGAUUCAAAAAUAAAGAGAGGAGACAUAGAGAUAUGGUAAUUGACGACGUUUAAUUUCUCCUAGAUGCAAAUAAGCGAUGAAUACUUUGAUAAACAAGUGAUUGAACCAUACUUGGUCGAAGAAUUGCAUAUGUUUCAACAAUCCCCACUAUAAAAAAAAGCUUCAGCCAUUUUUUUUACUAUAAAAAUCAUUCAAAUUUCUUUUUUGAU